UUGAGCAUUCUACCCCUCCAGCCUCCCCACUGUCCUUGAAAGGUUGGUGCGGAAGGUUAUCUGGAUGUGGGGUUUCAUUGAGUGAAGCAGCAGGUUGGUAUAAAAGGAGUCACUUGAGAGCAGAGACCUGAAUAAGAAGGAAGCAGUGAUCAGAAAUCUGAGCAGAGUCAGUAAGGAGAAGGCACUGGACCAAGUGACACUGCAGCAGAUCAUUUCAGAAGUUAGGUAUUGAAGAUGCUGCGUCCAGUUUGGGGCUGUGUUGUGGUUGUGCUGGGGGUGAUGUGGUUCUACAGCAGUGGAGUGCAGAGUCAAUGUUCGGAGCACAGUCAAUGCAGAGACCUUUCCUCAGAGGAAAACAUACUGGAAUGUAUACAAGCCUGUAAAGUCAACCUCUCUGCUAAGUCCCCCAUCUUACCUGGAAAUGAGCAUCUCCAGCCUACCUCCGAGGAUAUUCAGAACUACAUGAUUAGACACUUUCGCUGGAACACAUUCGGUCAGAGAAUGAACGGCACACCUGGAGGCAGUAAGGGGGAGAGUGCCAGUACCAUCCUUAACGUUCUCCUAGCAGCGUUAUCCCAACCCACAGAUGAAGUUGAGAGGGAAUCUGAGGAGGCAGAAGGGCUGCAGCAGCACAGGCGGGAUGACAAGAGGUCUUAUUCCAUGGAGCAUUUCCGCUGGGGCAAACCUGUGGGUCGCAAGCGCCGUCCGGUGAAGGUGUACCCCAACGGAGUGGAAGAGGAGUCUGCUGAGAGCUAUCCUGCCGAGAUCCGCCGGGACUUGUCACUCAAGCUUGAUUACCCCCAGGGAGAGGAGCUGGAGGAAGUGUUCGGAGGGGAGAAUGACCUCCUUAACCUCCAGGAGAAGAAUGGUGGCUCCUACAAGAUGCAUCACUUCCGUUGGAGUGGCCCACCCAAGGACAAGCGCUAUGGGGGCUUCAUGAAGUCUUGGGAUGAGAGGAGCCAGAAGCCCUUACUGACUCUCUUCAAAAACGUCAUGAUCAAGGAUGGCCAUGAGAAAAAGGGCCAGUAAAGGGCUAUGCACUUUGUUUCUUUCUCUCUCUCUCUCUCUCUUUCUCCUUUGUUGCACCGAUCUCAUAGGUAGUCAGCAGUUAGCAAGAGCAUCCAUGUUGGAAACAAAGCCUUCAUUCAUCAUUUCUGACAAAAUCCCCUGCUUACAAUGUAGUCACCAAUAAAUGAUGAAUAUUGUAUAUACAAAAUAAAUGCAUUUGUGAGUAAGUGCCUAGUUUUGGGAGGGGAGCUACACGUAAAAAAGGAAGAGCUAUUUUCUUAUUUGUUGAACUGUACUAUACUGUAAAUGAAUUAAACAAAAAUGCAAGCUAACAAAAAGUAUUUUUUUAUUUCUAUUCACUAAUGGUGUUUCAGACCUACAGGUCUUAGCAAAGGGCCAACUCUGGCGCAAAGUAUUCAACACACUGUAAAAUAUUGUAUUCAAUACAAUUAUAUAUUCACACACACACACACACACACACACACACACAGUCAGCACUCAGAUAUACAACACUCAGAUACACGUCGCGUUUUACUAUCCUUGUAUUAAGAAACAAAUCAAUUCCCAUUAUAUAUGUAACAAAUGAAUGCACUUACCUGUCACACUCGAUUUCCAACUCCAGCACCAUCUUUCUGAUACAAAGCCCAUCUCUUCAAUGUUACAAUUUAUUUGCAACACAGGCCGCAUUUUUUUUUUUCUUUCAUCUCUUGCAUGCGCAAAUCAGUCUGUCUUUAUUGUGCAGUUCUGCAGCACUUCCUUCAGUUCCACCUGACGAAAAUGCAGCAAUAACAAAGAG